AUGAUCGAACCCAUCGAGGCCGAACUGGCCCGCCCGCCCAUCUUCAACAAGCAACAGGAGUUGACUCUCCGCGACGAGGAGGUCGAGCGCGACGGGGCCGUCACUGGCAACAACGAUUCCGACCAGAACACUCUCCACGAGCAGCCCAUAACCCAAAAAGCCAAGGGUCGCAUCAUUGUCGACUUUGAGCACGGAAGCAAGGAGAACCCACGCAACUGGGGCUACGGUCGAAAGUGGUUCUGCACCCUCUCUUGUGCCCUCCUCUGUCUUACUGUCGCCCUUGGGUCUGCCAUGCCUACUGGUGACCUCAAGUCGCAGGCAGAAACCCUCCACGUCUCCAUGGAGGCCAUCUUCUUGAGCAUUUCGCUCUUCGUUCUCGGUUUCGGUGUCGGCCCUCUUGCCUUUGCGCCUCUCUCCGAGCUCAUUGGCCGCAAGACCGUCUACUCCAUCUCAAUCUCCCUCUACUUCCUCUUCACCCUCCCCUCGUGCCUUGCCAAGAACAUUGCGACCAUGCUUGCUGGUCGUAUGAUCGCUGGUAUCGCUUCUUCCGCUCCCAUGACCAACGUCGGUGGAUCGAUUGCCGACAUCUGGGCUGUCGAGGAGCGUGGCAUCCCCAUGGCCAUCUUCUCCUCCACCCUCUUCAUGGGUCCCUGUCUUGGUCCCCUCUUCGGUGGCUGGAUCUCGCUCAAGACUGGCCAGUGGCGUUGGAUCUACUGGGUCCUCUUCAUCCUCUGUGGUGUCGUCGCUGCCUUUACCUUUGUCAUGCCCGAGACCUACGAGCCCAUCCUCCUCCGCCGCAAGGCCGCCAAGCUCAACAAGGAGAACAACACCGAUGUCUACGUCUCCAAGCACGACCUCGACGCUGUCCCCUUCAACCAGCAGCUCAAGACGUCGCUCCUCCGCCCCUUUACCCUCAUGUUCUGCGAGCCGAUCAUCCUCUUCAUGUCGUUCUACCUUUCCUUCAUCUACUCGCUUCUCUACGCCCUCUUCUUUGCGUUCCCCAUCGCCUUUGAGGAGAUCCGUGGUUGGAACAUUGGUAUGACCGGUGUCUCGUUCGUCUCGAUUAUCCUCGGCAUCAGCCUCGCCAUGGCCAUCAUGCCCAUCCAGGAGAGGCUGUACGCUCGUCACUGCAAGAACGGCCCUAUUCCAGAGGCUCGUCUCUAUCCCAUGCUUGUUGGUGCCAUCAUCAUGCCGAUCUCGCUCUUCGUCUUCGCAUUCACCUCGUACAAGGGCAUGCACUGGAUCGGCCCUGCCAUUGCCGGUGUCCUGUUCGGCUUCUCGAUGCUUGUCAUCUACAUCUCGGCCAACUCGUACAUUGUCGACUCGUACUCCAACUUUGCCGCCUCGGCCGUCGCUGCCAAGACCUUUAUGCGUUCGUGCAUUGGCGCCUCGGUUCCUCUGUGGAUCACGCAGUGCUACCACAACAUGGGAUUCCAGUACGCUGGUCUUCUCCUCGCCAUCAUCGGUUGUGCCAUUGGGCCCAUCGCCUACAUUUUCUUCUUCUAUGGCCAGCGUGUGCGUGAGCGCUCGACCCGUGCCACCAAGGGGUAA